AUGUGGACAGUCGUCCGGCCGGUGGCUUUGAGUGUUGCAGCUCCUGUUUUGGGAGGCGGUGCUCGCCGAGCCCCAGCUGGCAUCCCCCAAGGGGCUGUCAACUGGAUUUGCGUUCCUCCUGCCUGCGACCAACAGUGGAACCCAGAUGUAGUCGAGGUGGUGGCACUCACACAAGAGGCCAAUCGCUUUGUGGCUCACAUGCAGGCCAACCCAGGGGCAUUUACCUGCAACCAAGCUGGAGUCGGAGGAGCGCUGGUGGAAGCGGUGCUGCCAGCGCCGGCAAUGGCUCCAGGAGGAGCAGGCGUGGGGGCUGGACUUGGAAACCCAGGGGCUGUAGGGCUGGGCUUGCCAGCCGCAGGAGGAGGUCCAUCCCCUUCCAAUGCGGAGUUGAAGGCAUUGGAAGCCGCGGUGACUCAGCUGCAGCAACUGGCUUUGGACAAGGACGACAAAAAGAAGAAGGACAAAGACAAGGGCAAGAGGCGGAAGAAGAGCCGCAAAAAGAGCAAAAAGUCCAAGAAGAAGAAGAAGAAAUCCAAGAGAUCCAGCAGUUCCAGAAGCAGCUCCUCAAGGUCAAGCCGAUCCAGGUCAAGAAGCUCCUCCUCGACCAGCAGCUCAAGUUCGGGCAAGGGCAAGCCGCUGAAGUGGAGGGAGCACGGAAAGGAUCAGAAGGUGAGCUACUCAGACUUGGCUCAUGUGGACCAGCUUCGUCUGAAGAAGCGUGGAGACCUUCUGGCGUUUGCAGCGAAGAGCCCAGGGGCUUUGACCGCCCAUUUCCUGGCAGGGAUUUACGCUCGGCUGUCGAAGGGCAGCAUCAGUCGAUCCAGCCAGCUGCGAGAGGCCAGUGCAGUGAGUUGGGCCCAUCAAUUCAGCGGUUUGUCAGAGGUGCGAGAUCAGAAAGAAGUUUUGACCCUCUCCGAGAUCCUCGAUCACAUCAACAGAAGGGAGAUUGCAAGGGCUUUGGAUGUGCUAUGUCAGAGGAUUGUGGCAAUUCAGCAAGCAAAGGCAAAAGGUGGAUCGUGGGAGAAGGCGGAGGCGUUGGAGUUGGUGACCAACCAACGGUCCUUGGCAGCCAGCAGCAUGCUGGAUUCUGGCUUCGAAGCUUUCUUUCUGCGGGCCAUGCGGGCCUUGGAGGUGGGUUUUGGUGCUGGAAUGGAAGGGACUGCUCUUAGUGACCGGUUCAAGUCGCUCAUGAAACAGCUGGGGGGCCUUGCGAGGCAUGACAAAUUCAAGGCAACUGGAAGUUUCAGCGGUUGCAGGGAGUCACCAUCACACGUGUUUCCUUUGACGCCUAUGUCACGGUCUGGCAAUUUCUUGAUUGGGCAUAAUGCUGAAUCGCGGCUUGACAAAUUGUGUCGGGUUGGAGGCAACGUGGUGGUGGCUUGCCUUAAUUGGAUGCAUGGAGGGCAGCCAGCACGGGAGGAUGAGCCUGUGUUGACUGCCGCUCACAGGAGAGUGCACUCACGGAUUGGGUGUGCUUUGGAGGCCAUGGUGAUGACUGAUGAGCCAAUGCUGACCCAAGAGGGGUUAGACCAGUUUUUGAGGCAAUCCGAGUUUUACUCCGGUGAAGGAGUGAGCUUAGCUUUGGGUGUGCGUGGCGGUGUGCCGGAGCGAGCUGCUGAUGUGCCUUUGGCAGAGCAUCUUUCGGUGCAUUUUCCAGGGAUGUCUAAGCAAGUGGUUCAGCCGAGCUGCUUGUUGUUGGCGUCUAGAAGGAGGCCUCGUCGUGUUAAGCGUGGCUUUGCAUGGCUGGCAGCGUCAUAUCCAGAGCUGGUGAAGAGGAAUGUCAAGGCUGGGCUUCACAAAUUCAAAAAGGAAUCCCAAGUUGCCAAGCAUCGCGGGGUUAAAGUUUUAGCCGGGGCAUUCGCAGUCAAGAAAGAUCUCCAUGAAGAUAGAGUUAUAACUGACCCUAGUGUUAACCAGCUCCUUGAUCCUGAGCGUCUUCCUCGUCCUAAGUUUGCCUAUAUCCCGGCUUUGAGAUGUUUGAGUGUGCCUCGAACGGGCGUCAUUGCAGUUUCAAAACGGGAUGCGCGUCACUAUUUUCACAGAUUGCGGAUAGGCAAGCGGUGGCAUCGAUGGUUGUGUGGCCCACCUAUAUCCAUUGAUGGACGUGCGGGGUCUCGGAGAUUGUACCCAGCAUCCUGCUCAGCCCCUAUGGGCUUUGGGCCACCAGCAGGAUGGGCACAAGGGCUGACAGAUGUAGUGACCUCUGAUGCACAACUUCCUCAAGACUGUCGUGUUCACCCAGAUUUUGUCAUACCACCUGGGCUUCCGGUUUGGGGUUCAAUUAUUGAUGAUAUUUGGGCAUUGGAACAUAGCAGCGAGGGGGAGGUAGCUAGCAUUGGGCCUGAGUGGUUGGGUCGGGCAGAGUCGGCGUGGGUUUUGCGUGGUGUGGCUCCAAAUACCAAUAAGUCGGUGGAUGGUGCAAGGGGUGAAGAGAUUCAAGGUUACUAUGUGCAUCCUACAGGGCAUUGGGUUGGCUUGUCUCUUUUCUUGGCAACCUACAGCUGGCUUGAACAGAUUCGCAAGGAGAAGCCGGGUGCAGUGGAACUUCCGCAUGAGGUGUUAGCACGUUAUUCAUCUCACAAAGGGGUAUACACCAAUUUGAGCUUACCCUGGUCAGUAGGUCUCACACAUGAGCACACGUGUCCUUUGCGUCGGGUCCGGUUGCCGGUGGAGAAGAUUAAGUGGUUUCAUAUUGGUACCCCAUGGGCCCCGUCCCACAUAACACUGGGAGAAGCAGAUGCGGUGACAUGGUGUGCAGAAGACCGACUGCGUAGGGCUUCAGAUGAUGGUUGUCGUUUUGUGCAUCCUUUAGAUUCAGCGGCGUGCGUGGGCGCUUUUUCCAAGGGAAGGUCAUCGUCAAUUCUCAUCAAUGCAAGGCGUCGCCGUGUGGCAGCAGUUUCUAUAGGUGGGGGGCAUGAUGUUUUCUACCCUUGGGUCCCCUCAGCAGAAAAUCCGGCGGACACUCCGUCGCGGUGGUUUGAGCCGUCGUCAGGAGAUACAUGCAAGAGUGAGUUGGCAGCAGCCGGUGCGGACUAUGAUUUGCGUGUCUUACCACCAUGGGCAGAGGGCUCAAUGUUUUUCAUUCAUUUGUGUUCAGGGCCUGAUCGUUGUCAUGACUUAGUUGAUAUGGUUGAGCAACAGUGUGUGAAUAUUGGGUGCAAUAUUGUUGGCAUUCGCAUUGAUCCUCUUGCGUGGGUGGGUGACUUGGACGAGCUAGCUAGCGGUGACUUACUCAAGGAGUCGGUGGGCCAUGGUUUGUUGCAGUUGAUCCAUAGUGGGUUGCUGGGUGAGAUUCGUUUCCGGGGUGGCUGGGUAGGGGACAUUUUUGCACAACUCCGGCCGCGAAGUAUCCUGAAUUUCUAUGUCAUGAGUUGUCCAACAUUUCUUACUAUAGGGAGCUUGAGGGCAUCAACGGCAGAGAAGUACCUGGGAGCUCUCAAAGGCCUCAACAAUAGUCUGUUGGAGCAUGGGCUUGUCUGGAGUAAGAUGAAUGAAUCUGAGCAAGACUCCUUUUUAGCCGAAUGGGUGUUAGAUGGCUAUGAGCAAGGUGAAAGUCGUAACAUGUAUGGGUGGGCUUUGUCAGCGGUGCAAAAGAUUUUUCCCCGAGUCAAGCUGAAGACAGCUUGGAAAGUGCUCGAUGUCUGGUCUAGCUUGGUGCCAGUGCGGCAGGCACCGGCUGCGCCGCCUGAGUUGAUCCAGGCAAUGGUGAUUAUGGCAACGCUUCUCAAUCGUCCUCAACUGGGCUUGCUCAUUUUGCUAUGCUUUGUUGGUUUGCUGCGAGUUCGGGAGGCUUUGGCUUUAACGCAAGCUGACUUGAUUCUGCAGACUGACUGCGUGGUGUUGUGUUUGGGCUUGACCAAACGAGGGAUGGAGCAGAAGGUAGUUCUCAACAAUGUCACAGUGGUUCACUUUGUGUCAGAUUUUUUCAAGCGUUUUCCUUCCAAACGUCAGGAUGCCAAAAUCAUAGAAGUUUCUUACUCCUCCGCUCUUCGGUGGAUCCGAAAGCUCAGCGCCUUGCUGGGUGCUGACGACCUGCAGCUGACUACUCACAGUUUUCGGCGCUCUGGAGCAUCUGAACUGGCAAGGCAAGGUGUUAGCUUGCAGGAUAUUUUGCUUUAUGGGCGUUGGCUAUCAGAGCGGGCGGCUAGGGAUUAUAUCCGAAAAGGGGAGGUUGCAAUUUUUCGGGCACGGCAAAUGCUCAAUCCACAAGCUUCUCAGCGUAUUCAAUCUUGGGCGAAACUGGGCGUUGGAUGCUGGCAAUGGUUUGAUGUUUUUUACGCAAAGCGUGAGCUGGUUAUUGAUGUCCGAAAAGUUACGGUUGAUAAGUUGUAUGCUGUGGAAAGAAUUCUGUUUUCCGGACCUGACGGUUGA